CAGAAACCUGGCCGAAAGCUUCAGUGCUCGAAUUCCCGCAAUUCGAUUAGAGGUCACAAACAAUGUUGUUGUGGAAGACAACUUGAUGGUCUGUGUUGAAGGAGACCUCAUUGGUUGCACCUACAACACAUUGCGUUGUCAGUCCUGUCAACUAGACAUGGGCUUUGUCCUCUAUAGUGCAAAGUCACUGGCUUACCUGCGAGGCCUCUUCUGUCUUUUUAAGGACAAAAUAACAUGUUACUUGCUACAAACUACCGCUACAGUAGAAGCUUCAAAAGUAACCUGUCCUGUUGUGAGCCUAAAGGAACAUGUAGCGAAAUUAAAAAAGAGUCUUGUACAAGUUCAUAUGCGCAUAGAAUUGCUAAUUAAGAAACUAGAAGAAUUCAAUCAACGAAGGAUUACAUGUGAGGAGAGCUGUAAAGGAAGACCAUAUGGAUACACAGAUUGAAAGCUGAACAGUUAACUUUUUAGAGUUGUCUAUCUCAACUAAUAGUUUUACAAUAACUUGUUUUUGUAACUGAAAAUUUAAAUUAAUAUGGCUUUAGAAUGGCAAAUUGGUAAUACACAAUUGUUUCCUUUUCUAGCACGCUCAAGGGCAUAUAGUAUUUGUGCAUGAACAGUUAUCCCAAAUCAUUUAACUUCUACAUGUAAAUAUUUCUAUUUACUCUAACAAAAAUCUUUAAACAUUGUAUAACUGCCCUAAGAUUGCAUUGGAAACUGGAUAGUCUAGCUGAAAAAAAUAAACAUUUACUUUGUACAUUC